AUUUGAUUCCAAAAUCUGCCAAACAGACAUAUGUUACAUAACAGUAGUUUACAUAAGUGGAAGUUCUGUUCGUUUCGCGAUUGUAAUAGAGUUCGCUCUAGCGUGGGUAACAUUCGAGAUGGCCGAGCCUCGCGGGGAUGCUUACAAAAAAUCUCCUCAGUCCGAUGGAGCAAAACGUGAACAAGGAGUUAGCAGAGCAAUCCUGGCCGCGUUGAUCGCUGCGCUUGGCCCAGUGAGCUUUGGGUAUUGUAUUGGUUAUUCGUCUUCUGCUUUGGAAGAUUUGCAAAACGCUGAUUAUUCUUCAGUUGUGCGUCUAUCUGCAGAUCAGGGAUCCUGGUUUUCGUCUCUGAUCACCGUUGGCGCUAUUUUUGGCAGUCCUCUUGCUGGAUGGGCGAUUGAUAAGCUUGGUAGAAAGAGUACCAUAAUGUUAUGUGUUGUUCCUUUUGUAUUGGGAUGGCUUCUCAUCGGCUUUGCUCAAAAUCUCGCUAUGCUCUAUUCCGGCCGAGUUAUUUCAGGCUUAGCCUGUGGCGUGAUCUCAGUUACUGCCCCGGUUUACAUCUCAGAAACCGCCCCUCCUCGUCUAAGAGGCACACUGGGCACAUUCAACCAAAUGGGAAUUGUAUCGGGUAUCUUGUUCUCUUUCAUAACGGGCCACGCCCUCAACUGGUAUUGGUGUGCCAUAAUAGGAACAGGGUUCCCAACCUGUUUGUUGAUAUUGAUGAUUUUCAUGCCAGAAACUGUCUGCUGGCUGUUGGCUCGUGGAAAAGAAAAACGCGCCUACAUGACAGCAUGGUGGCUGCGAGGACCGAAUGCUGACGUGGAGAAGGAAAUUAUGGAAAUAAAAGAUAGCUUAGAAAACAAGGAGAGGAUGUCAAUCAAGGAAUUUGCCAAACCCAGUCUCUUACGUCCGUUCGCAAUCAGCUUGGCCCUUCAUUUCUUCCAACAGAGCACUGGCAUCAACGCAGUCAUGUUCUACUGUGCCACCAUCUUCCAAAAGGCUGGUUUCCAGAACAAAAGCACUAUGGUGCCGAUUUUAAUUGGCAUCAUCCAGGUAGUUGCCGCUGCCUUGUCUGUAAUUAUGAUUAGUCAUGCUGGUAGGCGUUUUCUGUUGAUCGUAGGUGGUGUAGGAAUGAGCAUAAGCCUUUUCAGCUUGGGUUCUUAUUUUUACAUCUCUGAGAACUCUCUGUCCAAGAAUAGCACUGUUACUUACUACGAUUUCUCGUGGGUGGCUGUUACGAGUGUUGCUGUGUACAUAGUGGCAUUUGGUAUGACAUGGGGUCCCUGUGCUUGGCUCAUAAUGAGCGAGAUAUUUCCAGUCAAGGCUAGGGGAAUAGCCAGUGGCAAUGCAACUCUGUUCAACUGGACUUGCGCAUUUACAAUCACUAAGACAUUUCCGUUCUUUAUCAAUACACUCACAGCGGCCGGAACCUUCUGGUUAUAUGGAAGUCAGGCGAUUAUGGCCGUAUUUUUUGUUUACGUUUGUGUCCCAGAAACGGAGGGAAAAUCUCUUGAGAAGAUUCAAAUGUUAUUCGAGGGUAAAGGGAAAAAAGAGAGGGAUUCCAUAGAAUUGCCCAUACGAGAAACCUACGUUCCCAUCACGGCAUCGAACAAAGCAUCCAACAUGACUGAGCUUGAAAAAGAGUUUACCUCAUCCAUUCAGUCCAACGAAAUAGUACAGAACGUCAGGGUCGGAAGAGCAAUCCUUGCUACUUUCAUUGCAGCUCUCGGCCCGUUGUCAUUUGGAUAUUGUAUGGGAUAUUCAUCGUCUGCUUUGGAAGAUCUAGUACAUCAAUCCAGUAGUGCUUCUGCUACUGGUUUAACUGACGGGCAAGGAUCAUGGUUUUCUUCCCUGGUCACAAUUGGAGCCAUUUUUGGAAGUCCCGUGGGUGGAUGGGCAAUUGACAAGUUUGGUCGCAAGAGUACGAUAAUGUUGUGCGUUGUACCAUUUGUUCUAGGAUGGCUGCUUAUCAGCUUUGCUCAGAAUAUCCCAAUGCUCUACUCUGGUCGGAUCAUCACAGGAAUGGGUUGUGGUGCAGUCUCACUUGCUGUUCCAAUCGGCAAGAGGCACUAAAGUUGCAAGACUGGCUGACGCCAGUGAUAGCAAAACCCCUGAUAAUUAGUCUUGGGUUAAUGGUGUUUCAACAAUUUUGUGGAGUCAAUGCAGUUCUCUUUAAUGCUGCCCACAUCUUUGCAAUGGCAGGAUUUAAAAAUGGGAAGGUCGUCUCCAUUGCUGUGGGCCUGGUGCAGUUUGUCGGAACUGGUUUAGCAUGCGUCAUUAUGGAUAAAGCGGGGAGGCGUAUCCUCCUCUUGACAACAGCAAUUGGAAUGUGUGUCUCUCUUGUAGCACUUGGUGUGUAUUUUGAGAUCUACAUCCCUCCAGAAGGUGAAGGCUCAGCAAGUGAGACAGUUUCCUUGCUUGGUUCAAUCAGUCACUCUAUUCCAGCCAAGAAGAUUUCCUGGUUAUCAAUUUUGUGUAUUGUUUUGUUCAACUUGAUGUUUGCCCUUGCAUGGGGACCUGUUCCAUGGCUUGUGAUGUCAGAAAUAUUUCCCCUCCGAGCCCGAGGUCCGGCCAGCAGCUUUGCGACUAUGGCCAACUGGACAUUGGCAUUUAUUGUCACUAAAACAUACCAGUCCAUGGCUGAUACUCUUCAAAACCAAGGUGUAUACUGGUUGUAUGCAGGGUUCUGUUUUGUUUCAUUCAUUUUUGUUUAUGUACUAAUGCCAGAGACAAAGGGGAAAACAUUGGAAGAGAUAGAAGCCAUGUUUGACAAGAAGAAUUCACAAUAUGAACGUAUCCACUAACAAGUGAAGAGAUGGAAUGGAUGUAAACUUUAAACUCUCAGGAUGUCAUAUGUUUUUUCUUCAAUUAAGCUGCUAUGUUCCUAGUAAAAAAUAUAUAUAUAUAUUUUAAAUUAUUGCAGAGUGAAGUGUCAUAUCAAAGUGACAAGCUUGGAGAGUGACAUUUCAAUCCUCACUUCAUCUGUUAGUAGGCCCAGACACCAAAACAAAUGCUCUAAAAGUCUGGUCAGGAUUUGUCAAUUGUUUCUGUUAACCCUCUGACCCUUAUGAGUGACCAGCAUCCAAUAUCUCCUCACAAUAUCACCUCCCAAUAACACAUUGAGGUCACAAGAAGAAAAUAAAUGAUCAACAACUAAA